GUUGAUAAGCAGAAGCUCAGCAAAGACUCCGUGUUCUUCCGGGAUGGAGUGCGGAGAAUAGAUUUCGUCCUCUCGUACGUUGACGAUAAAGACUGCGACAAAAAACAGGAGAGAAGGAGAAUUUAUGAAGCCAACCUUGAAAAAGCCGGCCUGGAGCUGGAAACAGAAGAUAAGUCGGAGUCUGAGGACGGCAAGACGUACUUUGUGAAGAUUCACGCUCCGUGGGAGGUCCUGGCCACCUACGCAGACGUGCUGAAGAUCAAGGUUCCGUUCAAAGUCAGCGACAUGCCAGACGAUCGGGAAAUGCCCAUGAACUGGCUCUCCACGCCUUUCCGUCUGCCUAAGCACAUCAUGCAUCCCGAUCCGGAUUUCUUCACUGCUCCAUUCAGCAAGAGCAAAUCGGACUUCUUCCUUAUCGAAAACCAAGACACAUUCUUCCCUCCCUCCACUCGCAACAGGAUCGUUUACUAUAUCCUGGCCCGCUGCUUGUAUGUUAAUGAAGACUGUGGAGACAAGAAGGGAAUUAAGAGGUUAUUGAACAAUGGCUCCUACACUGCUGCCUUCCCUCUUCAUGAUUCCAGAUAUUGGAUAAAAUCCAAAUAUGACAACUGUGAAAGCGAAAGACACGAUCUCUACAGCCACUGGGCACAGUUCCUCUGCUUUUUCAAGGAGCAGCCCAUUAACCGUAUCAGGAAAUAUUAUGGAGAGAAGAUUGGCAUUUAUUUCGCCUGGCUUGGUUUCUACACUGAAAUGCUGUUGUUUGCUGCGGUCGUUGGAACGAUCUGUUUCCUGUACGGGUUCCUCACCUUCGACGAAAACCAGUGGAGCAAGGAGAUCUGCAGCGACGAAAUUGGAGGCAAAAUUGUCAUGUGUCCCCUUUGUGACAAGAAAUGUGGUUUCUGGAAGCUCAACACAACAUGCAACUCCUCGUGGCAAUCGCACCUGUUUGACAAUGUGGCCACAGUGUUUUUUGCCAUUUUCAUGGGAAUUUGGGUGACGCUGUUCCUGGAGUUCUGGAAGAGGCGGCAGGCCCGUCUGGAGUACGAGUGGGACCUGGUCGACUUUGAGGAGGAGCAGCAGCAGCUGCAGCUUCGGCCGGAGUAUGAAGCCAAGUGUACAAAGAGCAAGCAGAACCCCAUCACCAAGGAACAUGAGGGGGUCAUUGACAGAACUGCUGCGUAUCUAGCAGGGAAGUUUUUUCUGUGCUGGGCCGCUGUGAUCUUUUGGAUCUCAUUGAUCAUUGCCUGCAUCAUCGGGGUCAUAGCGUACCGCCUGGCGGUGUACGCGGCCUUCGCUAGCUUCAUGAAAGACAGCCCCACCAAUCACCUGGAGGUGGUCGGCCCCUACAUCACACCCCAGCUGGCCACCUCCGUCACCGCCUCUUGCAUCAACUUUGUCAUCAUCAUGAUCCUCAACCUCAUGUAUGAGAAGGUGGCUGUUUGGAUUACCGACAUGGAAAUCCCAAAGACCCACCUUGAGUAUGAGAACAAGCUGACCAUGAAGAUGUUCCUCUUCCAGUUUGUCAACUACUACUCCUCCUGCUUCUACGUGGCUUUCUUUAAGGGCAAGUUUGUGGGCUAUCCUGGAAAAUAUGCUUACAUGUUCGGGAGCAGCCUGAGGAACGAAGAGUGUGACCCCGGCGGCUGUCUGAUUGAGUUAACAACACAGCUGGUAAUAGUGAUGACUGGGAAACAGGUGUGGGGCAACAUUCAGGAAGCUCUAUUGCCAUGGGUGAUGAACUGGUGGAGCAGCAGGAAGGCACAGAACCAUCCAGAGAGUCUAUACAGUCGCUGGGAGCAGGAUCAUGACCUGCAGAGCUUUGGUCAGCUGGGCCUCUUCUAUGAAUACCUGGAAAUGGUGAUCCAGUUUGGUUUCAUCACGCUCUUCGUGGCUUCCUUCCCGCUGGCGCCGCUCUUAGCCCUUUUCAACAACAUCAUUGAAAUCCGAGUGGACGCCUGGAAGCUCACCACGCAGUUCAGGCGUCCCGUGGCAGCCAAGGCCCACAGCAUCGGGGCCUGGGAGGAAAUUCUCAACGGCAUGGCCGUACUGUCUGUUGUCACAAAUGCGUUCAUCGUGGCCUUCACCUCUGACAUGAUGCCCCGGCUGGUGUACAUGUACGCUUACCAGCCGAGGGGAGAGAUGAACAUGAAAGGCUACAUUAACAACAGCCUGUCCGUGUUUAACAUCUCAGAGAUCCCAUAUCGCAGCAUGCCUGAUGACGAAGAGAACCCCGUGUGGUUCAACAGCUCCAUCACGACCUGCAGGUAUCGUGAUUAUCGCUACCCCCCUGGGCACGAGAAGGAAUAUUCCCACACUAUGCAGUUUUGGCACAUUUUGGCUGCCAAGCUAGCUUUUAUCAUCAUAAUGGAGCAUGUUGUUUUUCUGGUCAAGUAUUUUGUGGCCUGGCUGAUUCCAGACGUUCCAUCCGACGUGAGGGCUCGGGUCAAGAGGGAGCGCUUCCUAGUCCAGGAGUAUCUUCACAACUAUGAGGUGGAGAAGCUGAAAAUGCAGCUCAGCGAGCAAAGCAACAAGGAGUGCACCUGUACGCCGAUGAUCUAUCCGGAUUUACCCAAACACGAGGUGCUGUCAGAGGUCCUCUAGCGUUAGGGGGGCGGCCGGGCAGUCACUCGAAAAGUCGAAGAAACAGAUUUCCUCGCUUGUGUAUUCUGAUCUCGAACGUCACUCUGCUGAAUUACCUGUCAUUUAACGGCAAACCCACAGAGAACUUUCCACACUUCUCAGCCAUCCCUCCUCUACUCACCUGCUGACUGUGGAUUCUCCUGUUUUAGAGACCAAAUCUCUGUGCAUGCUGACACUUUGUUGGGACGCUUGAAUUCAAACACCUCUCUCAUAUUUAUGUCUUCACGUGAAAUUAAUGUAAAGCUGAAGACAUCCAAGCUUUACUGUAUUUAAAAAAAAGCUCUACUGUGUCUUUAAGAGACAGCUCACUAUUGUUUUGAUGUGAGGCUAUUUAUUUAAAAUGCCACCAAAGACUCGCCUUAAUACACACACUUUUGUUUUUCUUUUUAUGUGAAGGAUUUCUCAAUGUGAGGACUUUUUGAUAUACUUUGUGUCAUAUCAGCCUAUGUUUUACCAGUUUUACCAUAUUUUCCCCUUUUUACAGUAGCAUGACCAUAUCUAAGCUGUGGUCAGUCAUCUGCGCUGGUGUGACAACCUUUCAGCAAGUUAUAUUAAAAUCACCGGGCUUAUAUCUGUCGUUACUCUUAAUUUCACCUCAUUGUUUGCCCCAGGCCGAAACCUGAGAUGUGAAGUAGCUUUUUACGCCGAGGAGAAAUCAGUGCUGCUGUUUCGACUGUGACUAAGGACAGAUUUGAUCCUGCAGUGGCCAGUUGCAGCAGCUGUUGCACGCUGACUGUCUAUACAGGGAUGAGAGAUGAAGAGUGGGCUCUCUUUUAAAAUAUAUAUAUACAUUUCUUUCUUUACCACAUUGCAGCAAAUGAAAGCCUGUGUUCGCUUCAUUACACAAAGCCCAUCAACCCAGUGCCUGCAGCCGUCUGCUUCAGUUUUCUUAAAAAUUAAAGUCACGUUUUCCUUUAUUUUUGCACAAAAGCACUUAAAGUAACGCAAAUACCAAGACAUGACCGUGUCCAACUAAUCAUUAUCAUGACACUAAGCCUUUAGGAUCUGUUUUUUUAAGGUAGUAACGUGAGAUAUUUACCUUUCAGUUUGAUCAAACUCUGAUGUUUAUAUUUUUUGUGGUUUUAGUUUAGAAACUAUAUGGACAUGUCACAUCAGUUGUUGUCGCCUAAGUAGAACUUUGCAGAAAAUAUCUGUUAUGGAAGGACUUGAAUCUUAUGUAACGUAGCUGAUUUAGUAAAUAUCUAGGUCUGUUGGAGGUGUUAAUGCGUAAGUUCACCUCACUCUUUCACUUUGCCUUAUCUACGCCCUGUGCUCUGCUGACUAUUGCCCACUAUGCCUUAAAACAUUUCAUCCCUUUUUUCCAAAAACUUACUUUUCUACCUGAUUUUUAUCAUGUGUUUUCUGGUAAAAUAUUUAAGUCAGAACAUGUUUUUGAUCAUUCUUCAGGCAAAAAAACAAACAAACUUGUUUACUGUAUAUUUAAUGUUAAAUGUUCAUGUUUUUAUUAAUUUGAGUAAUUUGUUUUUAUGAGUGUUUCCUGUAUCCAAUUAUAUGAGACAGCAAAAAUAAAUCUUCCAAAUAAAAAGCU